AUGGUCCGUGAUGAUAUACUUCAUGCUUAUGAGGUACGUUGGUUAUUCAGCUACUUGCCGCCUCCAGUCCUUGCUAUCUUGGACAACCAACGAAUAGAGGCUAGCAAACGUGCUGCUCUCCUGACCACCGCUCUCAAGUGGCUACUGGACCAUAUUCCCACCGCAGCUAUUCCUCCUCAGGCUCGCCCGGCACUACAGCUCCUCGGAACGCUUGUUCCCUAUCUGGCCUAUCUAGGAGCCUUCGUUGUAUGGAGCUGGAGUGCCAUCAAGACAUUCGAUAAAGGCAACGGCGUCAUCCUGACAGCCACUUGGUUGCUGCCACUGGCACUCAUUCCUGGGUCUUGGGAUGAUACUCCGAGCAAUCCAUGA